AUGGGGACCCUCCGCGCCGUAGUGGCGCCCCCAGGCGCCGGAUCCACAGGCAAAGGCAUCAUAAUCGGCUUGCUUGCCGCCUUUGGUUCCGCCGCCUUUGUCGCCCUGGUGUUGAUGCUCGUCUAUUUCUUCCGAUACACCCAGAAUGGCCGCAUAUUCUUGGACCGAAUCGGCCGACCGGGUGAAUACGAUGACGAGCAGCAGUUUGCGCGCGAUGAGGCCGAGGCGCUGGAGACUAUGGAGGAGCUACAACGAUCGGAGUAUCUACGAGCCAAAGCAUUUAUUCAAGCCAACCCCCCCGAAUCAUCGCAGACGGAUAUUUCCUUGACACAGUAUCUGGCAAUACAGGAGAAGGGUGUGUCGGCGUGGGAGUUCGAACCCGAGCUGGAGAUUGCCAAUUGCUUUGUCGAACAGCGUACGGAGGUGGAGUUCUUUGAUUCCGAGUGCAGCGUCCAGAGCAAUCUUCCCAUCCCAAAACAAAACGAAGUGUAUUAUUGGGAAGCCAAAAUCUACGAGAAACCCGAGACUUCUUUGAUCAGCAUCGGCUUAACCACAAAGCCGUAUCCAUUGUUUCGAUUACCUGGCUUUCACAAACACUCCCUCGCCUAUUUAUCGACUGGAGUCCGCCGCCAUAACCAACCUUUCACCCCGACUCCAUAUGGUCCCCCUUAUAUACAAGGCGAUGUUAUAGGUGUUGGAUAUCGGCCUCGUACGGGUACCAUCUUCUUUACCCGUAAUGGGAAGAAGCUGGAUGACGUUGCGCAUGGAUUAAAGUCCCACAAUUUCUUCCCCACCAUCGGUGCCAACGGUCCCUGUCAGGUUCAUGUCAAUUUCGGUCAAUUGGGCUAUGUGUUCAUCGAAGCAAACGUGAAAAAAUGGGGGUUUGCACCGGUUGCCGGCUCACUCGCUCCACCACCCCCAUAUGGCAGUGAGCAAGGCAGCAUCCUGUUGCAAGAAGGUGGCCGUGACGCUCUCACCCCGCACGGAGGGGGAUAUCUGGUCCAUGGUGCGUACCAUGGAGGACACGGAAGGACCGCCUCGCAGCAAAUUCGAGUUUCUUCGCGGCUACCCACUAGCCCUGGGCCACAACGUUCCCCGACGGACAUUUCUCUUGGAACCUUGUCCCUGGUGGAUAGCCACGAGGAGCAAGAUGCUGGUGAAGGUACCUCCAGCAGCGCGGUGGCAGCGAUAUCCAACCUUACACCGCACGCUGGGCUCGGCGUGGCCGAUCUCCCCCCUCCGCCCGAUUACGAAAGCCCGGAAGGAAGCCUGGAUAUUGACCGUCGGGGGGAGUAUGAGGACCGGCGUCCCCUUCUACAAGACGGUCGGCCCGACCCGCCAAUCCCCUCAUAUUCGGAAGUGGUUGGUGCAGAGAACGUAACCCGAGGGCGGAGCGAUACCGUGGAGACGGUGAGGUCCGUUCGAUGA